AUGCCUAACAAUGCCUUUUCUGUGCAUGCAUUGCCAGACCUAUCUGGCAAACUGUAUGUCGUCACAGGCGGAAAUGCCGGCAUAGGAAAAACGACUGUUGCCGGUCUAGCUAGCCGUGGGGCAAGGGUAUAUAUGGGUGCAAGAAGCGCUGAGAAAGCUGAGAAAGCCAUUACGGAUAUUAAACGAGAGCUUGGAAAACCACAGGCUGAUAUCGUUUUCUUGAAACUUGACCUUACUGAUUUUAAGUCUGCUGUCGAGGCAGCUCGGGAGUUGAGAAGCAAAGAGACUGCUCUACAUGGACUUAUCAACAAUGCCGGUAUUAUGGGCGUGCCAUUUUCACGAACGAAAGAUGAAUACGAAAUUCAGUUUCAGACAAACUACCUCUCCCACUGGCUCUUCACCUAUCAUCUCCUGCCACUACUGCAAUCGACAGCUUUGACGCAGCCAGGGACCGCACGUAUCGUAAAUGUCACAUCGGAUGGCCACGAGAGAUUCACGUUGAAGGAAGGAAUUCGGCUGGACGAUCCAAACUUGGAGUCGGAGUCUGCAAUGGUCAGAUACGGACAUUCAAAACUGGCAAAUAUACUCCAUACGAGGCACUUGAACGCCGUGUAUGGGCCAAAGGGGAAGGAAUCGUCGGGUAUAAUAGUAGCUGCGGUCCAUCCAGGGCAUAUUGACACAAAUCUCAACAAACAGGCUACCGGCAUGGCACCGGCCGUUGUUUUACGUAUCAUGACCCCAAUCAUGAAAUGCAUAGGAAUCCUGGAUCACGAGGCCAAAGGGGCAUUAUCGACACUAUUUGCUAUUGCAGACCCGAAAUUCACUGAAUCAGGUGCUUACAUUGUUCCAUAUGCUAAAAUUGGAAAGCCGAGCCAGAUGGCUAAAGAUGACCAGUUGGCAGAGAGACUUUGGGAGUGGACAUUCAAGAUGUUUCAAGAAAUGGGCUAUUUGUAG